AGAAAAAACGUCACUAGCAUACUAACAUCCUAAGAGUUCAACUUUGUAAACUAUCAACGGGGAGCAUAUAAUAAUAUCAGUCAUCGUUUAUUUAUUUAUCAACACCCAAACUGUAAUUCAUCAAUUAAUUUAUUACGUAUCAAUACCUUAACCUUAUAUACAUUGUACCUACAUCUCUAUAACGUCUAUCUAGAAAUUCUUAGGUACCUACCUGUAUACUACAUAGACCCGUAGUUAAAUUAACAAAAUGUGUGUGCCUUCAACAGAACGUGUCGGUCAUAAGUGUUCUUCCAAUAGCACUUAUAGAAAAGUCAUGAAAAAGUAUAAAACAAUAUGGAUUUUAAGCAUCGUAGCGGCUUUACUCGUUAUAUCUGCGGCACUGCAAAAUUAUACCGUCAACCAAUAUGUUCGCGCCAUCUUGAAAUUAACUGUAAUGCAGUUAAUAGAUCUGAACAAUUUCAAAAAUUUACUUCACAAUUCGUGUUUAGUGCAUAAAAAAAUCCCAGAACGCGAACUUACUGAAUCGGACUGUUAUUCAUGUGAAAGCAUCGAUCAAGUGGACGUUGUUUACAAACCCGAAGACGUUUUAGAAUCAUACGCAGAUCUCAAUUGGCCGGUUGCAUUCCAAAGCAAUGUCAAAACCAACGUUACUGUUGAAGAUAUAGCGCUUGCUUUUUUAAUCGGUGCUCUCUUACCUUGCGAUUAUGAAUCAAACUUAAAAAUCGAUCCGCUCCGAGCAAUCGAAAUGAAGUAUGGAUGGUUUAUGCAUUGGAGAAAUUGUGGUGAUAUCCAAGGAAAAAUAAUGCGAGCUUUAUACAGACCAGAUUCAUUUUUGAGCAUUUCUUCCGAAACGUGGACAAUUAUGUCUUUCAAAUAUAAAACUUUCCAUUAUAAACAAAUCAAUAUGUACUAUGAUAGCAGAGUGGCGGUAUCUCAGAUAAGUGGGACGUUUAAUUAUCGUUUGGUGCCUAAAAAUCCUUGUACAGAAAUAUGUUAUCAUUUGGAUGGACGUUUAGAAACUUAUCAUACCCUGGUUUUCGACAAUUUCAUUUGGGAUUUUCAGUAUCUGCCGUUGAAUAAUUCUACCAACAGCAUAGCUAUUAUUUAUUACUUAGAUUAAAAGUCAAAUAGGUACUCCAUCUAUAUCCGGUUAAAAGCUUAAAAUAUUUAAAUUUUUAUUUAUAAAUUACUUAUUAUGCAUUAUAUAUAAAAAAUAAUAUAUACUGUUUUUAAUGUUAUUAUUAUAUUUGUAAAGUAGCUAAUAGCUAUACCUACAUAUA